AUGGCUUCCAUACGAGAGUUGGCACAGAAAAUCAGCGUACUAGCUGGCCAAGUGGAGACAUUUGGAAAUUCAGCACUCUCCAACGCAGCCAACAGUCAAACACAAUUGCAGGAGCUGGAUCUUAUUAACAGCAUCGAGGAGAUGGGAAGAGAGAUCCUUGGCCCGAGAUAUACACUCAUGGAAAUAUUACACAGUCCUGCAGAUGUAGCACCGUUGCUGAUCGUUCACGAGCUCAAUCUCCCACAGCGCAUCCCUCCAUCAGGGUCGAUAUCGAAAGCUGAGUUGGCGAUGUGGUGCAACAGCGAGAUGGGAACACGCAUAGAGGGAGCCCCUCUCCGUCGUUUCAUAUGCUACAUGGUCAUGACUGGUCUCUUCAAAGAGCCGUAA